GAUUACUGCAUGAGCAAAAAAAUCGUCUUGAAUCGUCAACAAAUUGAUCUCCAAGAUGGACACAAACUGGACAGAAUACAAGUGUAAAUCAGGACAAACUCUAUUUAUCUACAACAAGGCGACAGGAGAACACAAGUGGCCAUCUGAUGGCUCUACAGCAGACAACUGUGUCAUGAUUGGUCAACCAGUUGUCUACAAAGAAGUCUGCACCAUUGGUACACAGACAGAUGACAAUGGAUGUAAUAAUGGCUGUACUUCCAUCUACAUCAAUACAGACCAUGUUAUCAACAUCACACAAACAUCACCACUGCAAGAACCAGUUGUUUUAAAAGUAGCUAGAGAUGACAUAGAUAUUGAACCUGGUCUAGAUAAUGGAUUGGAUAAUGGAGGGAGAGAAGAGAUAAGCAUGGAAGACAUCACCAACAACACAGAAACACCUUCAAAAGAAACAGGUGAAUUAGAUGAAGUCACAGACAAGUCUGUUCUUGAAGAAACAUGUGAGGACAGCUUUGAUGGAGACGGUGCUCAGCCAACAGAUGAGCCUGUCAAUAUUAACGCUAACGAUGAAUUUGAGGAAGAAGUUGGAAAAAGCACUAAACAUGCCGUACAAAACACAAAAACCAGCAAUGAAGCUCGUUUCAGGUGUCGCUAUUGUUACAAAAGAUAUAAUGAUGAUUUCAGGUUUCAACGACAUCUUAAGUCACAUGAACAUGGACCCUCAGAGUGCUCAUACUGCAAAAGAACGUUUUUCAGGCAGUAUGACUUGAAACGUCACAUGAAAACUCACACUGGAGAGAAACCAUUUCAAUGCCCGCAAUGCAAAAAGAAAUUUGCACAGAGGGAACAUUUGAAAAAUCAUGCAAGAUUGCACACAGGAGAGAGGCCCUUUGAAUGUUCUUACUGCAAAAAGAAAUUUGCGCAAAAGGCCGUUUUAACAGCACACUUAAAAAGACAUUCAGAGAGGACAUUUGAGUGUUCUUACUGCUCGAAGAAAUUUUUUAAAAAACAAGAUAUCGAACGUCAUUUAAAAGUGCAUACCAAAGAGAAGCCAUUUGAAUGUUCCUUCUGCAAAAAGAAAUUCGCAACAAAGGAAUACUUAAAAUAUCAUGAAAAAACACACACUGGAGAGAAGCCUUACGAAUGUUCUCAUUGCAAAAAGAAAUUCCCACGAAAGGAAAAUUUAGACUUUCAUGAAAGAAUGCACACUGGAGAGAAGCCAUUUGAAUGUUCUUACUGCAACAAAAAAUAUGCACGAAAACAAAGAUUGGAAUAUCAUUUAAAAACGCACGCUUCAGAGAAGUCUUGGGGUGGACCUCAUGGAAAAUAAAAGGCAUCAGUUGUGUUAUCCAAAUUCUGUUUAACAUAAACAUAACCAGGUGGUUCCUGGCAAUUAUGCCUCUCAUUAAACCUUAACUUGUACCUAUGACAUGCAUUAGGGACAAUGCGUCCGCCAUCUUGAAAAGUGAGACCCGAAUCACUAUGUCAUUUAGAUGUUGUCCCUUAGAAC